AUGGCCGAUUCAGGAUCUGGUAUCACCAUCCUAGACGGGAAGGACCUCAGUUCACUUCAGGAUCGACCACGCCUGAGCGACACCACGACUCGAGUAUACCCGUACAAGUCCAAAACGCCUCUGAGUAUGUUCGGGAAGUUUAAAGUAACCGUAACAACUGAAAACGAGACCAUAUCUCAGGAGACUAUUUACGUCGCCGAAGGAGCAGGAGGAUCCCCUCUGAGCUGGCAAGCCUCGCAGAACUUUGGGCUCAUAUCGAUCACAAGUCCACUGGUGUCUAAAUCCAGACCAGAGAUCAAUCAGCUGGUACAGGAGUAUGACGAUUUGUUGAAAGGCCUUGGAAAGCUGAAAGAUUACCAAAUACAUCUGCAGAUCGACGACAGCGUCCAGCCAUCAGCACAAUCUCACCGACGUGUACUUCAUGGCCGGAAGCAACUCGAAGAGCAGCUAGAAAGAGACGAGCAGCACGGCGUUAUGGAGCGCGUGGAUGGACCGACCCCAUGGGUUUCACCCGUUGUUGUAGCACCCAAGCCCAAGCAGCCUGGAAAAAUCAGAAUGUGCGUUGACAUGAGACAGGCAAAUAGUGCGAUCCAACGUGAACGACACAUCAAACCAACGAUCAAAGAAAUCAUCGCUGAGUUGAACGGAGCCUCCAUUAUGGAGAAGCACCUCCUGAACUUAGCAUAUGUCUGA